UCUCUAGUCUUCUUUAACAGCCAAAACUUUAGAAAAGCUAACCAAGAUUCUAGCUUCUACCAAUCUUUAACUCGCCUUAUAAAUGUCUUUCAUUAGCCUCACCAUCUUGAUGGCCCAAUAUUUUCAUAACCCUUUGUAAUAAAACAAGCAAAAAACUGCUUCACUUCACCAAACUGUUGUUUGUUCACUCAUAAUCCAUACUUUUUAGCACUACAGAAAGGAGAAAUGACACAUGAAACUGAUCUUCCUGGCUUUAGAUUCCACCCCACUGAAGAAGAACUUCUUAAUUUUUAUCUCAAACAUGUGGUUUCUGGCAAUAGGCUGCAGUUUGAUCCUAUUGGAAUUCUUAAUCUCUACCAACAUGAUCCUUGGGAUUUGCCUGGAUUGGCAAGGAUUGGAGAGAGAGAAUGGUACUUUUUUGUGCCAAGAGACAGGAAGCUAGGUGGGAGUGGGAGGCCUAACAGAACAACCAAAAAUGGUUACUGGAAAGCAACUGGGUCGGAUCGAAAAAUUGUUAGUUUAUCAAAUCCGAAACGACUCAUUGGAUUGAGAAAGACACUUGUGUUCUACUUGGGAAGAGCAACUAGAGGAAGCAAGACGGACUGGAUCAUGAAUGAGUAUCGUUUUCCUGAUAACUCUCCAUUGCCUAAGGAUAUGGUACUAUGCAAGAUCUAUAGGAAAGCAACGUCCUUGAAAGUCCUAGAGCAAAGAGCAGCCAUGGAAGAGGAAGAUGCUAAUCCUUUUCAGGCUUCCUAUUCAUCACCUGCAUCACCAUUUGAGACGAUUUCUUUUUGCAGCCAACAGGAAGGCAUGGUUCCUUCAGUAACUCCAACCCAUGAAGUUCUUAACAAAGAAGUAGAAGUGGCAGACAUGGUGGAUGAAAAACAGGAAGAGAAACCAGUGGAGCCCAAAUCUUCCUCCACAUCUUUGCAAAUCCCAUCAGAGCUUGACAAACUGACUGAGCUUCAAGUUCCAAAACUGGAUAUGGACUGGUCCCAAGACUUAUUUUGGACUCAAUUUAACAGUCCAUGGCUUCAAACUUUGACCCCAUAUGCCAGUAUGCUCAACUUCUAAUGUUUAGACAGAGCAAUAGCCCAUAGGCCCAAAGAUAUAGGUUGUAGAUAAAUUUUGGUCUAUAAUCUCCUUGUACACCCUCCUUCAGAGCUGACUUCUAUGUAAAUUUUCUAUCCUUUUCAUCUCAAAUGUUUCCCUCAAUUUGUUUGUUUGGUUUAAUAGUUGGCUUUUAAUCUUACCUUGUGAUUUCUCCA